GGAGUAGGAGGUGUUCGCUGCUCUGUGAACCAGCCUCACGCAUUGCCCUCCAAUUUAAGAACCAAGAAGCCGGGCCUUCGCCCAGACCACCAGGCCCAACUAUCAACUUGGAGUGGGCAGGCCAACAAAGAGCAACUUCAGGCCCAGCUCAGAACAGAACAGAACACGAGCAUUAUAAGUACAACGUACUUUCAUUCUAACCCUACUUUUUCAAUCUCAGAACAGAACAGAACGCUACCUAUGGUCAGAUCUGCUACUUCUUCUUCCAAGGCGCCGCUGCCUAUGGUUAGAUCUGCUGCUUCUUCUUCUUCGGCGCCGCCUCCUCUGUCCAGCCUUGUAGCGUCGUCUGCGCCGACCAAGACCACCGCGUGCGAGUUCAGAUGCGGUGGCUUUGGUGGUGACCUCCGCACCAUCGCCGCCCUUGCCAGGUCAAGAUAUACGUUUCCCACCGUUGCUGCUCCAUCAACGAGGGCCGCGAACGUUCUCGGCUUCCCCUUCGCGGCGGCGGCGUCCUCGGUGCCGCUUUCUACCGCCACGCCAGCCAUCUUGCACGGUGACGCUUCUGGCACGGACUUCAAGCACAGAUACGUGUUCUCUACUUCUUCUUCUGUGUGUUCUAGAUUCAUCGCUAAUUCUAGAAUUUUUGUUGCUGCUCUCUCUAAUUCUGCAUCUUCAUAAUCUGAAUCUGAAUUCCGGAAAUGUAGAUCUGUGAUUGUUGAAUUUUCUACUUCUAGAUUUUUGGAAUUGUUGUUGAUUAGUUGAAAUUCUGACUCUGAAUUGGCUUGAAUUUAUUCUAGGUGAUGUAAAUUCUUGUACGAAGUCUGGAAACUGAGUCAAGCCUGCAUCGGAAGGUGUGGACCUAUUUUUUCUUAUUGACUCCAUUGGUCAAAGUUCUCGUGGUCUGAGAGGUGAUGGUGGUGCAUAUUCAUCUGCUAUGCAAGCUGUCCUCUCACGCCUAUUGUCUGCUGCUGCUGCUCCUGGACAUACUUCGCAAGAAAAUCGCAGCCAGUGUCUUAAGGCAAGU